AUGGACAUUGAAAACGACGAUUUGUACAGCAGUUCACCAGAGAAUGCGUUUGACGACAAACUAAUGGAAGACGCGAUGGGAGACAACGACCCGGAAAUGGUGACCACCAGUGAGGACAGCGAUGACGAGCCGCCAAAGUUUGACAAAGUCCCAAAUUGUCCAAAGUGUGACAGCCCUCAGAUGGAUGAGAGCGGGUUCUGGGUGUUGGGUGAGGGCGACUUUGGCACCGGAAUCAAGAUGACGGCCGAACCGCAGAUCCGGUUUCUAACCGAUGAGCCAAUCACUGUUGUCGAGAAUCACUUUAAUCUUAGUCGACAGCGUUUAAUACCAGACAUCAAUCCGUCAACUCUUUGCCGAUACUUCUUGGAGGAGAUGACUUUGAUAUUGCAUUUAUAUGACGGCCGAGACUUCGAUGACGACACCCAGAGUGACAGUCCGGUUGACAAACGAGCCGACGAUACGAAAAGCUAUAAAAGCCACAAAUCAAACAAAUCCUAUUACAGUUCAGAGCCAAGAACACUGUUCGAGAAUUUCGAUCAGGACUUUGCCCUCUCGUGGAGAUUCGUGUUUAUGGUUCAGGACUUCGAGAUCAUCGACAGAGUGAUGGCCUCGAAGAUCAAGAAAAUGCUUUACGAGUACUACUCGGAAAGUAUGCCCCGAAGAAAGCACGUGAACAUGAUAUCCAUCAGAGCCACCGCUUUCAAGAAUGUCGACAACAAAGAGGAGUGCGAACUCAAGAUAUCGGUGAAGCCGUUGCGCGUCAACAUAGAUCAGGACACUCUCCUCUUUAUCGCCAACUUCUUCACGACAGUCAUCGAGACGUUGAGCGUAGAGGAGACCCAACAGGCGUUGAAUACAAUGAAUACAAUGGUUGCCAACAAUUAUGACGAAACCUCUUUGCCGUCGUUCAGCGACACCGCGAGCGUUGCCUCCGACGCCACCCAACGCACUGUUACGUCCGUCUCGUCGACCACUACUCUCAAGAAUAACGACGACUCGAAUAAGUUGUACUUCAGAUCGUUAUCGUUCGCACCCGACGUUCCCAUAAGUCUUGACUAUCACGGAAAGCACGUCGACUUCGAUCGAGGAGCACUUCAGGGUCUGUUCCUAGGGUUGGGUCAACUCAAUCAGAGUGAACUCCGUUUGAAGCGUUUGCAUAACAAACAAGGUUUACUCGGCUUUGAUAAAGUGCUGUCAUAUGUGUUGAACGAAUGGACCAAAGAUAUCAAACGAAACCAAUUGCCGGCUCUGUUGGGAGGCGUUGGACCGAUGCAUAGCUUUAUUCAGUUGUUCCAAGGAAUGCGAGAUUUGGUUUGGAUGCCUAUCGAUCAGUACAGACGAGACAAACGCGUGAUUCGCGGUCUCCAAAGAGGCGCCCAUUCCUUCUCGGCGUCGACAGCGAUGGCGACACUCGAUUUGGCCAAUCGUUUGGUCUCAUUGAUCCAAACGGCCGCUCAGUUCGCUCACGAUGUGGUCACUCCUCCCACACCCGGACACAGACAGUCGACAGUUGUGGCGCUCAAUGCGCAGCCCCGAGACCUACGCGAAGGCCUAUCCGUCGGCUACGCGUACGUUAAGGAUGGCAUUCACGACGUGAUGAGAGACAUGGUUAACGCCGGUUACGGCGCCGAAGACAUUCCCAGCGCAGUGGGAGGUGUCGUGCGUAACAUACCGUCGAGUAUUGUGCGGCCAAUCAUAGGCGUAACGCAGGGCGCGUCCAAUGUGUUGGUCGGAAUGCGCAACCAAUUGACACCCGAAGCACGAAAGGACGAUCACGACAAGUGGAAGAAUGCUUCCGAGAGAUAAUAACCAUUUUUAAUCUAUUGGUUGAAUACAUCUAGAGUUUGAUUAUUUGUUAUGUUUUUAAAAAA